AUGGGUUUUGCGCACAACAACGUCCUCCACGCAAAUCACUUCAGGAAAGACUGGCAGCGCCGAGUUCGGACAUGGUUUGACCAGCCUGGCCGGAAACUUCGUCGUCGUACAGCCCGCAAAACCAAGGCUGCUACUCUUGGUGUUCGUCCCAUCGAAUUACUUCGCCCUGCUGUUCGUGGCCAAACCGUUCGUUACAACCGCAAGCUUCGUGAGGGCCGUGGCUUCACUUUGGCUGAGCUCAAAGCAGCUGGCAUCGGACGCAAGGAGGCCCGGGGUGUUGGGAUUGUUGUUGACCAUCGUCGACGGAAUCUGAGCGAGGAGGGCAAAAAAAUCAACGUCGACCGCCUGAUUGCCUACAAGAGCAAGCUUAUCGUCUUCCCCCGCAACACUUCCAAGCCGAAGAAAGGCGAUUCCACUGGCGCCGAUCUUACUGCAGCCACCACUCGCGCCGCUGUCCCUAUUCCCGAAGGUUACCCAGCGGAAGCCCCCCGCAAAAUUACUGCCGAAGAACGCGAAUUCAAGGCCUUUCCGCACACUGCGUGUUGCUCGUGCCAAUGCCAGAUACGAAGGUGCUCGCAAAGUCAGGCAGGCGAAGAAAGACGAGGAGGAGGCCAACAAGAAGAAGUAAUCAGCAGUGUACUAUGCUUCUUUGUUGUUUAUGCCAAAAAUUCUAUGCGAAUACUAUUGCGGCCCAUGAAUACUGUAUUUUGA